UCGUUUUCGCAUAUUCCAUCAUAAGGAGAACUUGUGUUCAUAUUUGACGUAUGCCUUUGCUAAAUCAUUUAUGUUUAGAUAUCUCUUAUAUUUGAGGCAUACAGAAUCAACUGGAAAUAAAUUGACAUUUUCUUGGAUUUAUAUCAGGAAUAUAUAUAAUAUAAGGAAAUAUGCAAGUAGUACACUAUUAAGAGAAGUUAAAGAGCAAAACAAAGUUUUGACACUUUCUUGGAUAUAAUAACGGAUUAAAAAUGGAGUAUGAACAGGAGUAUGAAAGGAAAUAUGCAAUUAGUACACUUUUAAGACAAGUUAAAGAGCAAAACAAAGAUUUCUGUGAUGUACACGUGCAAGUUGGAACAUGGGUCGAACGCUUCCACAGUUGCAUAUUAGUGGAGAGUGGAUUCUUCGACAAGUUAUUUCACACCAGCAAAUUCCUGGAACAUGUAACAGGAGUUAUUGAAAUUCGUGAACGAAAAUCAUAUGUUGUACACGAAGCUAUUCUGUUUCUUUACAAUGUCGAUCCAGUCUUAGAUAAAGACAACAUUGGUGAAUUUAUUGACAUAGCAGAAUUCCUCAUAAUACCACGUCUUAGAGCAUUCUGUGUGAAAUGGCUGGAACAAACCAAAAAAACAAAUGCACUGAUAGAAAUCUGUCUUCCUUUAUGCACACUCUACGAUGUAGAUGUUCCUUCUGUGAGUGACUAUAUCAGGAUGAAUUUAAUCGAACUCAUGAAUGGAACUGAAUUGCUAAGUAUUGAUAGUAACUCAUUACAUGAUAUAUUGUCGGAUCAAUAUCUGUCGUAUGUUACUAUGGAAACCAAAUUUAACUUCUUGAUGAGAUGGGUAAAGGUGGAUUCUUUAAAUCGAAGUCAGUAUUUCAAGCCAUUAUACGAACUAGUAGACUUCUUGAGAUUAAGUCAAGCAACAAUUACCUUGGCGAAUCAAGAUCCGUUGAUUUGUUCGACAGAAAUGGUUUCUAAAUUGGAGUACGAACAACAACAUAGUGAACCGAAAGAAUUUAUCGCAAUGAUUGCAGAAUAUCAAGACCUUGGCAUUGAGAAAGAGAUGUUUAUGAUCUAUGAUGAACAUAAAACGGAGUGGUUUCGUCUGAAUAUCAAUAUGACAACCACACGAAGUAGCAAAUACUUCACUAACAGAAACGAUAAAUCAACAUUUUACCGUGUCCGCGAAGAUUCGUCUAAUGACACCGUGAUAGAGUUAUGUUCCUCUGAUGGAAACAUUGUUGCCCAUAGUAGGGUUACUGUGGAAUCAUACGAAAACAAAGCGACAAACUGCAAUAAAGGAAUAUUUGAGUCCAUAUGCAUUAAUGGAAGUACAUGUGUAGCGACACGCACUGAUACGUUACAUGUGGAAACCCGAGUUGCGUCAUCAGACUAUGAUCUCGAGUACCACCAACUUCAUGAUGAACCAUUAAAUCUCACAGUUAGCUGUUCAAUAGAUGACAUACAGGUCAUGCAACUCUUGAUUGGCCACAUAGAAACGAGUUCAGAUACAACUAUUCUCUAUCCAAUAUUCUCCAUGAAAUUGAUUGACGAUGACUCUCUGACAGACAUUGGAUGCUUAAAUUCAAACGGCGAUGUGGCCAUGCUUAUACCAUCAUAUUUCUCAACAUCUGUCUUUAUUUACAAUAUAUGUUCGUGCUCCUUGACACAAAUUGAAAUUGAUGAAGUGUCGCCUGAAUCAAAGAUUUAUGGCUUACAAAACGGAUUUGCCAUUGCCGAUGAACUUGACAUUACUCUUGUCAGACAUAUUCAAGAUUCAAAUGAUGUUAAACAUUUCGAAGCCGUUCCUGCUUUAAACUUUGAGCUCUCGUCUGAUAGUCUGAUGUUUUCAAUUGACAACGCAAUUUAUCGAUAUCAAUACCAUUCAUGUGUUGAGAAUUAUAGAUUAGAUAUGGCCGCCAUAGAAGAAAUAUUACAAACAAGAACCUGCGACCCUAUUAAUUGGAGACAGUUGACCAGCCCUGAAUUAAAAGUCGAAUGUAUAAAGUCUGUAAUUGUUUUGGAGUUACCUAACAAUAUUGAUCGGUGUCAUUUGCAUUGCCCACAUUGCGAGCAACUGCCUAGAGGACGCAAAAGGAAAUAUUUUGAGAUGUGCGAAUGUACUUUUCCAAAUUUUCAAAUAUACCAGUCUCAAAUGUUUUUUAAUGAACAAAUCGACAGCGAGAGCGAUAGCAUCACCGACGGAGAUGAAAGUGAUUAAUCAUUAUUAUUUGAUGAAACAAGAUUGGGUUUUUCUUAAACAUGUAGGCAAGAAUAGUAGAAAUAGUGCGAAUAGACUGACGAAAACGAAAGAAGAUCUGAUCGCACACAAUUAAAUGAUAAAUAACUGGAUAAUCUUACUGACAGACGCUUUUAAAGUCUACUUUUUGCAACAAUAACAAAUGGUCAAAGUCAAAUGGAAAUGAUGAACAAAUAUACAGCGCGAGGCAUUCAUUUCAACCAUAUUUUAACUCACAUUGCAUGUAAUCAUAUUAUAAUAAAUGAAAGGAUUAAUAUCAGCGGAAAACACGCCGGAAAUCACAAAAAUGACAGGCUGCAUGUCUUAUUAAAAACAAAAAAUUCA